AUGUUUUUCUUUUGCAGCAAUGUCAAGGCUAUCUGGGAGGCUGCUCCUUUAAGUUGGGAUGAUCUAGAAAGCUUUAGGAGCAAAUUCUGGUUAUGGUGGGAGGAGUUGAAAGAUGCAGUGAAACAGGAAAGAAUGAGAGAACGUGUUGAGCUUACGGUGAAUUUGUUGUGGCAAAUUUGGAAGUCAAGAAAUGGGGUGCAAUUUAAUAACAAAAGAAGAGAUCCAACACUAGCAGUCCAUAAAGCUGUAGUGGAGUGGAGAGAAUUCCAUGACAUUCAGGAAGCGGAGGUGGAAAGAGUAGGUGGCGGCGUAACGGAGAACGAAGGAAUAUCUGGCUGGGGGAGACCAAAGGAAGGUUGGAUUAAAGUGAACUCAAAUACAACUUUGCAUCUAGAAACGGAUAAGGCAGGAUGGGGGAUCAUUGUGAGGAAUUGGCAAGGGAAGGUGGUGGAGCAGCUUGGGCAGUGCCAAGGCCAUUAUGUAGUUAGAGAACUUAAUAGUGCAAAUGAAGAGGUUAUUAGGUGCACAGUGAUAGCUGACUUGAAGAAACUCAUACUAAAUUUUGAUGAAUGUUGUUUUGCUUAUACUAGAAGGGCAAACAACUUUGUUAGUCAUUCUUUAGCUAAGAAAGCAUUACAAUUGGAAUGUUCUGCCGAAUGGAAGGAUAGCUUCGCAGGCUGGCUGCUUGAGCUUGCUCAUGCUGAUUGUAAGGACAGUUGCCUAUCUGUUACAUAA